AUGCACACCCCUAAGUGCAGAGCCGAACUGGAUUUGAUGUUUAUUCUGGUUUUUAGUUAUUCUGGUUUCGGAUACUUGAACUGGUGGAAAAACAUCGGAGCGGAAACCAAAUCAACAACUCGGGAGUUGGAAACUCGCGACUCAAAUUUCGGAGAAGAAAUCGAAUCAAUAGCUCAGGGGUUGGAAACUCGCGAUUCAGGGAUCAGAGAAGAAAUCAAAUCACCAACUCAGAGGUUGGAAACUCACGAUUCAGAGAUCGAAGAAGAAAUCAAAUUAACAACUCAGUGGUUGAAAACUCACGAUUCAGGGAUCAAAGAAGAAAUCAAAUCGACAAACUCACAACUCAGAAGUCAGAGAGGAAACAAACGACGAACUCAUGAUUCAGGGAUCAGAGGAGAAAUCAAAUUAACAACUCAGGGGUUGGAAACUCGUGACUCAGACAUCAGAGAAGAAAUAAACUAA